UUUUUCUUAUCAUCUAAAAGCAAACUAUGCUUCCAUGGCUUUCACUUCUUCUUCUCUUUCUUCCUCUCCUCCUUAUCAUCGCCGUGAAACGGAGACAGGGACAGCUACAACCGCCCGGACCACCACAGCUUCCGGUGAUCGGAAACUUACACCACAUCGGAAAGUUGCCGCAUCAAACUCUCUGGAAACUGUCGCAGAAGUACGGUCCCGUGAUGUUCCUGCAGCUUGGAAGAGUCCCCACUGUCAUAGUUUCUUCCCCUGAAACGGCGAAACAAGUCUUGAAAGUUCAUGACAUCCAUUGUUGUAGCCGACCUCUCUCGGAAGGUACGAGGAAACUGUCCUACGAUCAUCUCGACGUUGCUUUCUCUCCCUUUGAUGAUUACUGGAAAGAGGUGCGAAAGAUUUGCGUUCAGGAACUCUUCUCGACCCAACGAGUCCACUCGUUUCAACCCAUCAGAGACGAGGUAAUCCAGAAGCUAAUUGAUUCCAUUUCCGAGUCAGCCUCUACGAAUUCUCUGGUCAAUCUGAGCCAGAAGCUAAUGUCUUUAACCGCAAGCUUGACAUGCAAGGCAUCGUUCGGGAUGAGUUUCCAAGGAAGUAAGAUUGACAAUGACAGGUUUCAGAUGUUGGUCCAUGAGGCAUUGCAGAUGUUGGGAAGCUACUCUGCUUCAGAUUUCUUCCCGCUGGUAGGUUGGAUCUUCGAUUGGUUCACGGGUUUACAUAGACGAAGAGAGAAAAUCGUGGGUGAUCUCGACGCAUUUUAUGAAGAAAUGAUAGAUCUGCAUCUUCAAGAAAACAGACAAGGGGAUGAAGAUUUCGUCGAUGUGCUUCUGAAGUUGGAGAGGGAACAAGCUGCUUUAGGGAAUGCCCAGAUCACAAGAAACCAUAGCAAAGCCAUCUUAAUGGACAUUCUUCUGGCAGGAAUUGAUACUUCUGCAAUAAGCAUGACGUGGGCAAUGACCGAACUGGUGAGAAACCCUCGAGUGAUGAAGAAAGUUCAAGCCGAAAUCAGAAACCAAAUCGGUGAAAAUGCAAGAGUGAGGUUUGAAAACGUCAAUGAACUCAAAUACUUGAAGAUGGUGAUCAAAGAAACAUGGAGGCUCCAUCCCCCAUCUCCACUUCUGAUCCCAAGAGAAGUAAUGUCAGAGUUUCAAAUCAACGGUUACACCAUUUACCCCAAGACACGUCUCCAGGUGAACCUAUGGGGAAUGGGUCGUGAUCCAAAUGUCUGGAAAGAUCCAGAAGAGUUUCUCCCCGAAAGGUUCAUGGAUGGUUCCAUCGAUGCAAAGGGACAAAGCUUUGAGCUGUUGCCUUUCGGCAGUGGGCGGAGAAUAUGUCCAGGGAUCCUUAUGGGGAGUGUAAUGGUGGAGACUGCACUUGCAAAUCUUCUGUACCAUUUCGACUGGAAACUACCAGAUGGGAUGGCGGUACAAGACAUCGACAUAGAAGAAGCUCCUGGACUCACCGUUUACAAGAGAACACCGCUUGAACUUGUUCCUGUUAGAUUUUGAUCUACAAUAAGGUGUUCAGAAGAAGAAAAAUAAGUGGAUUAAGGUUGCAAUGAACAAUAAAAUAUCAGUUCUAAUU